AUGGCGGCCGGCAUACGAGCGAGACAGAUAGAAUCCUUGAAGCGGAUGCUUAAUUUAAAUCAGCCGAUAACGAAAUCAACCGCUGUCGAACCUGUCUGGAAGGUCCUUGUAUAUGACAGAUAUGGUCAGGACAUAAUAUCUCCUCUUUUAAAUGUAAAAGAGUUACGUGAAAUGGGUAUAACAUUGCAUCUUCUUCUACAUUCUGACAGAGAUGCUAUCCCAGAAGUUCCUGCUAUUUAUUUUGUUCUCCCUAGUGAGGAAAAUGUUAAGAGAAUAUGCCAGGACUGCAGAAAUCAACUUUAUGAGUCAUAUUACUUGAAUUUUAUUUCUGCGAUAUCAAGACAUCGUUUAGAGGAUCUUGCUACAGCAGCUCUACAGUCAAAUAGUGUCACUCAAAUCACUAAGGUGUUUGAUCAGUACUUAAAUUUUAUUUCUUUGGAAGAUGAAAUGUUUACAGUGAGAAAUCAAGACAGAGAUUCAAUAUCAUAUUAUGCCCUUAACAGACCAGAUGCCAAAGAUACUGACAUUGAGAUGCUAAGAGAUGUUUUAGUGGACAGUCUCUUCAGUGUACUCGUGUCUUUAGGCACUGUUCCAAUAAUCAGAUGUCCAAAAGGGAAUGCUGCAGAAAUGGUAGCAGAGGGACUGGAUAAAAAGUUGAGAGAAAAUCUGAGAGAUUCUAGAAACAGUCUGUUUACAGCAGAUAUUCCAUCUGGCCAGUUUAGUUUUCAGCGACCUGUGCUUGUAAUUUUGGACCGUAACAUGGAUCUGUGUACCCCUUUACAUCAUACAUGGACAUACCAAGCUCUUGUGCAUGAUGUCCUUGAUUUACAUCUGAACAGAGUUGUUGUCAAAGAGUCAGCAACGUCAAAUACCCCAGAGUCUGCAGAUCCUCACCACAGACAUCCCAAACAAACGAAAGUUAAGUCAUAUGACCUCAGUGCCACAGAUAAAUUCUGGGGAUUGCACAAAGGAAGUCCUUUCCCGACAGUGGCAGAGUCAAUUCAGAAAGAACUUGAUGAAUACAGAACUUCUGAAGAGGAAGUGAAGAGACUGAAAAAUGUCAUGGGAAUAGAUGAGAGUAAUGAGGAGGCAAUGGGUGAAUUUAUGGCUGAUAGUACGGCUAAACUUACCUCUGCGGUGAGUUCACUUCCGGAAUUGCUUGAGAAGAAGAGAAUUAUUGACAUGCACACAACUAUUGCCACAGCUCUUUUGGAACACAUUAAGUCCGGAAAGCUUGAUAUCUACUUCGAGACUGAAGAGAAGAUAAUGAGUAAAGCUACUUUGGACAAAUCAAUCCUGGAAAUAAUUCAGGAUCCCGAAGUUGGAACUCCUCAGGAUAAACUUCGCUUAUUUAUCAUCUACUAUGUUUCUGGACCAACCAUGUCACCGGCGGAGCUUGAUCAGUUUUCGUCUGCUUUACUGGACGCCGGCGCUGACCUUGCUCCAUUAGAGUUCAUCAAGAAGUGGAAAGCGUUUUCCAAGAUGACAGUUGGACCUCUCCAGUCAGGGGGAGGAGGACAAAACACAUACAGUGCAAUGUUUUCACGAUUCAUGAACACCGGAUCACAAUUCGUUAUGGAGGGUGUGAAGAACCUUGUGGUCGGAAACAAGAAUUUACCAGUCACACGGAUUGUCGACGCUCUAAUGGAUAACAAGUCAAGUCCGGAAACUGACGAGUACAGAUAUUUUGAUCCAAAAAUGUUACGGGUCACAGACAGUUUUUCCAUUCCUCGAAAUAAAACACCGUUUAAUGAGGCGAUCGUGUUCAUCGUAGGAGGUGGAAAUUACAUCGAAUAUCAGAACCUGGUGGAUUACAGUAAAAGGCAUUCCGGUGCCAAAAAGCUGUUAUAUGGUGCUAGUGAAGUAAUGAACGCUUCUCAGUUUCUUAAACAGUUGUCACAUCUUGGCCAAGAGGCUGCUUAACGAGGAGAGAACUGAUGCAGUUAAAUUAAUAAGCAAAGUUGAAGAUAUUUCCUGCGGUAUAUCUUUUAAGAAAAAGCAGACGAUGGUGAUUCAUACCUUUGUGCGCCAACCAUAAAUUGUAAUUUUCCAUCUCUGUGGCAACUAUACGUGUUGUAGACUUUUGGUUGCCAUGGGGACUAAAAGAAUUCUGUUAGUUCUUGAAAGGUGCGUUUAUGGAAAAUCAGCGUACAAUUUCCCAAGCUAGUUCAUUUCUUUGGUGUACCAACGAGGCAAGGUGCGAAGUCUUUGAUCUACAAACUAUUUUGUUGUUCUCAUAUAUGAUCAACUCCUUCUCACAACAAGGGUUUUGCACCAAGCCUCCUCUAAAAGUGAGGAUUCUUCGAACUCGGAAAAGAUGAAUGUUGUCACAGCGUCACGGAUUUCUCGUGAGGAAUUUUGUCACGUGUUCUUCCUUAAGGCGCAUGACAUAGUAAAAGAAAUAAAUCAUGCUUCGGUAGGAAACCAUCGAAAUGUUGUGAUGAUGAACAUUGUAGGCAAGUUCAUUUCUUAAUGAAUGCACGUUAUGUUGAACUAGAGAGUGAAGUAGCUUUAAUUUAGAGAUUUUAACUUGAGAUCGUUCGUCAAAGAACAAAGUAUUUAUAACUGUUAUUUCCUGGAAUGGAUAAAUGAACUGAUUUCUUCCAAAAUUAUGUCAACGAUUUCGUAAAGACAGGUUAUGAGAAAGAGCUCAUCAAAAUUGAGAAUAACGAAUAUAACUCUAGACGACUGACGAAAGAUUAUGAAAGACAAUAUAUAUUUUUUUCUGGAAAGUUUCAGAAGAACGGUGAAGAGUAUGAAUCGUGCUAUGACCGACUAGUUGCCGAAAAGGUGGAUCGAAUGUUUUAAAAACCUUGUUAACUUGAUAAGACUUGUUGAAUCUGAAUCGCAUCCUUGCAGGUUAUAGAUGCGAUGCAGUAGUAAUGAUGGAGUAAUGUUCUUUUGCCUCCUCUUUCUCUGUUUCAUGAAGGUAUCGCCCUGUAACUACAUUCAACUAAUCGCAGUACCACCGCUUCAUAACUCUCCUAAACUCAGCCGUGUAAAGACACGAUUCCGGUGGGUGUCUUUUCCUAAAAAACAUAGAAUAAAGUAGUUUCGAAAUCAUA